UCGUGAGCAUAACGUAAUGCCGCGACAAUGUCCACCCGCUGAGAUUGUGCAUACUUCUUCCUGUCAUUGUGGUGUAAAUGUGUGAAUGAGCGUGGCUUUCCAUUCUUCGAAGCAAAUUGGCCGUGGUGGCAACAGUCCAUUCGAUGUCAACCGGAGAAUGAUGCUCGCUGUGCGUGAGAUCGGGUGUGGCCAGAAGGCUUUACAGAAACUAGCAGCUGUUGUUGGCAUGCACGGUGGUCUAGCCAAUGAGGGAUUUUCUUCGAAUCAGAAGGCUGUCCAUGGUGCUGCUGUUUCUGUAGCCAAGGUUGAGAUGGAGAGGGUAGUGCAUGAACUGAAAGCAUACUGUGAUAGUGCAACACCUAAUCCUGCAACCUAUCAUCCAGAUGAUGAUGAUGAUGAUGAUGAUGGUGAUGAUGGUGAUGAUUUUCGUGGGUUUCACGAUGAUGAGGAUGACGCCGAAUUUCAUGGUUUUGCCUCCUCUGACGACAUUUUUGAUGUGUCUGUAUCUUGCGAUGGUACCUGGCAGAAGAGAGGCCAUCAAAGUCUGUAUGGGGUACAGGCAGCUAUUUCUGCGGUAACUGGCAGGGUAAUUGACUAUGAAAUCGAAAGUCAUUUUGGCAAGAAUUGCCAGUCACACAGUUCUUGGGACAGGGGAAGUUGGGUGCUUCAACUAACUGAAACAGUGUCAUAUUAGUGUAUGGUUAGCAAUACAAUUUGGUAACAGUAAUUAUGACAUAUUAAUUAAUUAAUUAAUUAAAUGGAUGCUGCUGUUAGUGGCCAGUGGUUCACUUACCCUGACUAAUGUGGGUGCUCCGACUAGCUGUAAACAGUGUACCAACCUAAUCUAACCAUCCCUAAUCCUCCAUAACCUCGCCUAACCCUGGAAGAAAAUGAUGAGUACUGGUUGAACCAUGGCUUGCAUCAUUGAUUCCUGACGAAUGUCCAGUUGUCUCAAGUUUUGAACACAUAACCCUAUACACUCUAUUUCUGAUUAUUAGUACUUGCUACCUUGUUCUUGGUAACACUGUGUAUGCAUGGGAUGUUUUAACCUGUAAUGUGGUUUUAUCAAUACAUAUUUGCUAGAAUAAUCAGAUGAGAAUCAUUGUCUAGCUUGGUUCAGAGUUUGGACGCAUUUUGUGCUAAUCUUUACUGCAAGCAUGAUGGAGAAGUGGAAUGAUUCUUGCACAAGAUUUUGGCAAUGGGGCAGCAAGAAACCAAAGUGGGUGGAAAAUGAAUGAUUGAACUUGAACAGAGAUAUGGGGCUGAGUUUAAAGACAUUGAUAAUUUAGGUUGCAGAUGCUUUGCUGCAAUGGAGCUGAUGAUGGUGCAGCUUUCCAGCAAGAUGCAGUAAUCAGUUCGACAAGAAGUCAAAGUUGAUAUAUCUGAUUAUUGGAAAGUGAUGAUGCGAGUCCACAGUAGACAAGGUUUCUCAAGUUGCUCCAUACUUGAUUGUAUGUGGCAAUCCAGCCAAACCAAGCCAAGUUAUUGGCAUCCGAGCUCAUCAUCAUGUUCGAAAUUCAGUGCAGCAACAGCAGAUGCCGUCCACCGCUAUUGCUUGCUGUAAUUUAUGUUUUCAAUACAAAUUUCCCUCAAUCUUUAGCAACUUUUUACUGGUGCCUGGAUGUCAUGUUACUGGGAUGUACUUCAGCUCCAGUGAUAUCUAGUUUUUUUAGCUGGAUUGCAAUGAGGAACUUUGCUUGAUGAAUUGCGUUUUGCUUUUUGUUAGUGCUUUGACUCACUAUUUUUGGUUUAAAUGUUUAAAUACAAGCAAUGGUAUUAAAAUCUA